AAAAUUUUAUAAAAGUGUUAAAAAAAAUUUCAAGUAUUUAGAAAAAUUUUUGGGUAAUUUUGCGAAUUUUUUUUGGGUAGAAAAAAAUUUUUUUCUUCAAGCUGAAUAUAAGUACGAAGAAGAGGGAGAAAAAAUUUUGUGUGUACCAACGAAAGAGCGGUGAAAACGGAACGUGAGAAAGCAGCAACAGCGCAGUAGCAACAAGACGACGAAGAAGAAGAAGAAGCAGUAGGCAACACCAGCAGAAGAAAACACCAGAGCAAUAGAAAUUUAAUGGUACCAGCAAAGGAAGCAUAAUUGUAUUGACAGAGAAAUCUCGAAAAUGAUGGAGAACUACGAUGAAAUACGAUUGUCUUCAAAUAUCACAGUAAAUGCCAAAGAUUUAAUUGAUGAAGUUGGCGAUGGAAAUACAAAAUUAACAAAUUUUGAUUUUGGCGCCGAAAUUCUCACAACAACUACAAGCAAAUCAGAAGCAGAAGCAACAGCAAACAAAACAAAAACAGUAGAAGAAGAGGAAGCAGCUAUACAGAUGUGCGCCAAACAGAAAAUUCAAACAGUUGUUCCAAAUACAGAAGAGGAAGAAGAUGAAGAUGAGGAUGCCUCUGUGUCCUCCGAAUGUGACGACGACGAUGAUGAUGAUGACGACGAGGAGGAGGGAGAGGAUGAUUCAAAUUCCAGUUCGGAUUGUUCAUCAAUAAUGGGGGGUGGUGCUAAUGGCAUGGAUGGCGGAGGCGGCGGAAGUUCAACUGAUUUUAAACUUCGUUGGCUUCAACGUGAAUUUUAUACGGGUCGUGUGCCCCGCCAGGUAAUUGCCAGCAUCAUGCCACAUUUUGCAACCACCAGUUCAGAUUUGCCCGAUGACUCUGUACUCUGGGAUUAUUUGGCUCAUCUAUUGAAUGAACCUAAACGACGAUCCAAACUCCAGCAUGUCAAUACAUUUGACGAUGUAAUUGAUUUGCUACAGAAAUCACAACGCAUUAUUGUUUUAACUGGUGCUGGGGUAUCUGUUUCAUGUGGCAUUCCCGAUUUUCGUUCCACCAAUGGCAUUUAUGCCCGCUUGGCUCACGAUUUUCCCGAUCUACCCGAUCCGCAGGCCAUGUUUGAUAUCAAUUAUUUUAAGCGCGAUCCGCGUCCAUUCUAUAAAUUUGCACGAGAAAUAUAUCCUGGUGAAUUUAAGCCAUCGCCAUGUCAUCGUUUCAUCAAAAUGUUGGAAACCAAGGGUAAAUUGUUGCGAAAUUAUACCCAAAAUAUUGACACCUUGGAACAGGUGGCUGGCAUCCAAAGGGUUAUCGAGUGUCAUGGUUCAUUCUCGACGGCCUCGUGCACUAAAUGCAAAUACAAGUGCAAUGCCGAUGCCUUGCGCAAGGAUAUCUUUGCUCAGCGCAUUCCAGUCUGCCCACAAUGUCAGCCACAUAAGGAGCAGAGUGUCGAUGCAUCGGUGGCUGUUACCGAAGAUGAACUUAAACAGCUGGUGGAGAAUGGCAUCAUGAAGCCAGACAUUGUCUUCUUUGGUGAAGGUUUGCCAGAUGAGUAUCAUACAGUGAUGGCCACAGAUAAGGAUAAAUGCGAUUUGCUAAUUGUCAUUGGGUCAUCGCUUAAGGUACGACCCGUGGCUCAUAUACCAAGCAGCAUUCCGGGCUCGGUGCCACAGAUAUUAAUAAAUCGUGAGCAAUUGCAUCAUUUGAAAUUCGAUGUGGAAUUAUUGGGUGAUUCAGAUGUUAUAAUUAAUCAAAUAUGUCAUCGAUUGUCAAGCUCUGGCGAAGAUCCAACCUGGCAGCAGCUGUGCUGCAAUGACAUGAUCCUCCAGGAAUCAAAAGAAUUAAUGCCGCCAGAGCCUCAUUAUCAGCAUCGCCAUCACUAUCAUCCGCAUCAAUAUGCGCAACAAGUGUUGUUGGACUCGACAGAUACUCAGUCGCUUAAAUCGAAUGGCUCAGCAGCUGGAACUUGCUCAGAUAGUGGCUUUGAGUCCUCCUCGGCCGAUCGGGCUGCCAUUGAGCGCAUCAAAUCGGACAUACUGGUGGAACUCAAUGAGGCUCCAACAGGUCUAAGUACUGGUCCUAGCUAUCGUCAUUUGUCAAUUGAUUCAUCCAAGGAUAGCGGCAUAGAGCAAUGCGAACAGGAUCCCCGUAUGGUUAACCGCAAUCUUGUCCAGGAGACCAAGACAGCGGCACCGAGCUUAACUCCCAUACAGCCGCAGCGAAUUAAACGACAAACUGCCGGGGAACGAUUGCAAUCGGGCACCUUCUAUUGCCAUAGCAAUAAUUAUUCCUAUGUAUUCCCGGGAGCUCAGGUCUCUUGGGAUGAUUAUAGCGAUGAUGAUGAUGAUGAUGGUGGUAGGAUUGGCCAUGAUAUCUUUUCCCAUGACGUCGAUGAUGAUGAUGGGGAAGAUGGUUUUGACUUGAAUGCCACACCCCUGUCUCCAUUAUUACCCCCUUCGCUGGAGGCUCAUAUUGUCACAGAGAUAGCCAGUGGUGGAGGAGGGUUAUCAGCAGGUGGUAGUAGCACUCUAGAUAUUUGCCCUCUUGUCCCGACCGAUACAGCUGACAGCAACUGUUCCAGUCCCAGCCAAAAGAGAUUAGCUGUGGCCAGCAAUAGCAACGGGGACGACGACGACGAGGUAACGCCCCUAAAGAGGCGGCGACCAAGCCAAGAAGCUGAGCAUAAGCUAGAGGAGAGUCCUCCACCUGCUUCAGCAGCAUUAGCUAUAUAAAUUUAUUUAGGCUAGAUUCAUCUUACAUAUUUAUUAUUAUUAUCUAUUUGUCCAGAGAAGCUCGCGGCUAAAAAAAAACAAAAAAGAAAAAGAAUUGUACUCACAGGAGGCUUGGAUGAUUUUAAGAUAACCACCAUUCUCCUAGUACCACACUACCCAUCCUUCUCUGUCCUUACCUUUUCUUAAAUGAUAUUCGUUUCCUUCUUAUGUUAGGUUUUUUUAUUUAUAUUAUAUAAAAUAUCACGGAAUGCUGUAAAUGUUAGUAUUUUAUCAUAUUAAGUUGUUAUUGAGGCCUUUUUAAAAAAAUAACGCGAAAGCGUAGAUUUCUUUUUUCGGUAUUUGAUAAAGAUUUCAUCUUAAGCCUCAACUGAAAGCAAAAAAAUUUCUAGAUAUAUAAGCAUAAAAUUAUACAAAUAUUCUAUACAUUUAUUAUAUGUAAUAGUUUAAGUAACCUAGACAAAAGCAUAUUAAAAUACACAACAAACACCCUGUAUAUAAGUACACACACACACACAAACACUUUUUUGUAUAUUGAGUUGAAUUAAUGUAUAUUGAAUCCCUUUUUUAA